AUGGCCCCUCACCAGGACGCGCCUUCACCGGCAGGUAGUUUCACAGCCGGCUUCGGCAGUAUCUCCUUCCAGUCGAGCACUUCUUCCAAUCUCAAAGUCAGCAGCAGCCUAGCCCCCGCUGAGUCGCAUUCUCCUCUCAGCAGCUCGUACGACAGCGCAUCGCUCGGUGUAGGUCUCCAUGAAACCCGGCCACUUGUUCCCGGGGUCUACGUACCUACCAUGUGCUUCUUCGAGACCGGCACGGAGAACGUGGACAUUGAUACCAUCUCUCGCCAUGCUGUGCGACUCGCCCAGGCUGGUGUCACCGGCCUUGCCACGCAGGGGUCAAACGGGGAGGCUGUUCAUCUCACUCACGCCGAACGCCAGCUCGUCACGUCAACGACUCGGCAAGCCCUUAAUGACGCUGGAUUCUCUCACAUGCCCAUCAUCGUCGGUUGCGGAAGCCAGAGCACUCGCGAAACCAUACAAUAUUGCACCGAAGCCUGGGCUGCUGGCGGAGAUUAUGCCCUCGUUCUCCCUCCGUCUUACUACUCUGGUCUAUUUGCGCCAUCGUCAGAAACCAUCCUCGAGUUCUUCAACGCUGUAGCAGAUUCAUCGCCGAUCCCCAUCAUCAUCUACAACUUCCCCGGAGCGGUUGGAGGCUUGGACCUAUCUUCCGACGUCAUCGUCCAGCUGUCUCAACACCCCAACAUUGUCGGCGUCAAGCUGACAUGCGGAAACACGGGCAAGUUGAAUCGUGUUGCGGCCUCCACGAGGAAAUUGACAAAGAGUCCCAAUGCCAAGGCUCCUGAGUUCCUUGUCCUGGCCGGCUCUGCAGAUUUCUCAAUUCAGUCUCUCGUGGCCGGAGGACACGGCAUCCUUGCAGGCCUAGCCAACAUUGCCCCCAAGGCCUGCAUUAGAACCAUUGAGCUUUAUCAAGAGGGCAGCCACCAAGAAGCUCAGUAUAUGCAGGAGAUCGUAUCACAAGGUGAUUGGGCUGCCAUCCAAGGGGGCGUUGUUGGCGUGAAGGCUGGUCUUCAAGCAUGGUUGGGUUAUGGAGGCGUCGCCCGGAGUCCCUUGCCAAGGCCAACAACGGAACAAAUGGCAAAGUGGAAAGAGGGUUACCGAGAUCUUGUCGUUCUUGAGAAGUCCCUGUAG